GCGGCGCGGAACUACGGUAGCUCGGCGCGGGUCAGCUUCUACAAGUUGUUCUCACACCGGCUGAAUAAAAUCUUCCAAGCUUUCCUAUGGAAUAUUUUGAGAAUUGAAAUAGUGCUUCCUGAAAGCAUCAAGAAGAGAAAUGUCUGUCACACUUCAUACAGAUGUAGGUGAUAUUAAAAUAGAAGUCUUCUGUGAGAGGACACCCAGGACGUGUGAGAACUUCUUGGCUCUUUGUGCCAGUAAUUACUACAAUGGCUGUAUAUUUCAUAGAAAUAUCAAGGGUUUCAUGGUUCAAACAGGAGAUCCAACAGGUACUGGAAGAGGAGGUAACAGUAUCUGGGGCAAGAAGUUUGAGGAUGAGUACAGUGAAUAUCUUAAGCACAAUGUUAGAGGUGUUGUAUCUAUGGCGAAUAAUGGCCCAAAUACCAAUGGAUCUCAGUUUUUCAUCACCUACGGCAAGCAGCCACAUUUGGACAUGAAAUAUACGGUAUUUGGAAAAGUGAUAGAUGGUCUGGAGACUCUGGAUGAGUUGGAGAAGUUACCAGUAAAUGAGAAGACAUACCGACCUCUUAAUGAUGUACACAUUAAGGAUAUAACUAUUCAUGCCAACCCAUUUGCUCAGUAGCUGUAAUAGACAGGCAAACUGUUCCCGGGAAAACACCCAUUGUAGUUUACCCAGUUCGAAGCAUGUCAGAGACAUGUCAUCACACUCGUUUACAGCGAAGAUCAUCUAUAGGCUGUUGCGUACAAAAGGAC